GCAUAUUCGAUUGUCCGGUUCAAAACCAUCUGCCUUUAUGGUGAGUUCUAAGGAAAACCCUUUCUGGGAUAGUCAUUUGAAGGGGAAGGAAAGUGAAACCAAAUCUAUUCUAAUGCAGGAAGAAACAUUCCCAAUAGAAUCCAUGAAGGAAAAUGGUAGUGGAACUGACAAGGCAAAGAGAAAACCAUUUAAAACUCUGUUUCAUAGAGAGCAAAGAGAGGGACAUGAUGGUGGAGGUGGUGAUAAUGGCCCUGGUUCAGAGGAGAAAGCAUCAAAAUCAGCAAAGAAACAAUGGGGUUUCGAUGGAAUCAAGAAAUGGAGGAGAAAUGAUUCAGAGGACGAGAUUGCUCCUUUGCCUUUGAAUGAGAGAUCAGAUAAUGAAGCUUUCAUGGGGUCAUGCCAAGUUGUUGCAUCUCCAAUAGGAGAGGGGCCAGAUACAAAACAGAUUAAGAGGAAGCUGCUUUCAGAUGGAGCUCCAUCAGAUUUCUUCAUUGAUAAGGUCUUAGGAGACAAAAUAAAGAAGGAGCUAUCACGAAUUCAAGCAGAGCUCUCCACUACCAACCCGAAUCUUAAAUUUUCGAAUGAUCAAAUUGAAGCAAUUUCCACAACCCUUCCUGUGGACAAUACUGGCCUCAAAAAGUUCUUCCCCAAAUCAUGGUGUGAUAGAUAUGGAGAAGUUGUACUGGAUGUGGUGAAGAAAGAAUUCAAGGAGCAUGUAGGAGAGAUGGAGAGCAUGAGAAAUAUUACCAGGCAGAAGCAUAAAAAAUACUCACUGCGAUGGACAACUUUCGAAGAUGAUAUUGAGAACUGCCACCCGAAUCUCUUUGAUAACAACACCAGUGGUGCUACUAAGGGCUUCAAAAAUAAUCCUGAAUUAGCUUUCUUCCAAGAUCACAACCCCUUUUGGAACCAAAGGCAUGGCUCUUCUUUGCUGGAUUAGGAGAACAACCAACCGAGGAACUGCUGCCAUAUAUCAUUUAUUUGUAUUAUCAUGUUUUGCUGUUAGACAUUUGCAACCAUUUCUGAAGUUUUAAGAUGUACCAAUGCGUUAACUGUUAAAGAAGAACUCUGUUCUUCUUAGAAUAUGUAG